AUGGAGGAGGCAUACCAACCGUGGGGAUCCUUUGGGGACCUUCUUCACGCCAGCAAGAGUCACCCGACGAUCAAGGCUCUGCUCGCAUCGCCCAGCUUCCCGACACGAUGGCCGGCGGUCCUCCCUAAGUGGUUCUCGACCGUCUACACCAUGCAUGGCUUGCCACGCGAAUCGCUGCUUGUGACGCACCGUCGUCCGGUUUGGCACAACGCACAUCUCCCGACGCCCAGCAAGCUCAAGUGGCUCGCACACGACAACGCUGUGCACGUCGAGACGCUUGCCGUUCAAGGCUACACGCACGUGGACAGCUUUCAAGCCCUCGGACACACGGUCACUGACCUCGCCGAGCAACUGCCACGACUUUUUCCAGUGCUGCAGCCACCCCGUCGCUGGAUCCGGCUGCUCGCGAUCGCUAUCAUCCUGCCCCGACCUGGCUCGUCAAGCUCGGGCCUCACGUAG